AUGAUGUUAAACUUGGUUGGUAUAUUUCAGUGGCCCAUAAUAAUAGCUAUUAUCCAUAGCUGUGGUUGGAAAGCCUUUUGUUGUCCGAGAUACGAAAAAACAAAUCCUGAAUGGUACUUUUCCACAUUAACUUCAUACAAUUAUGUUUCUCCCAAGGAAAUCACGUAUACCCCUGCCGAAAGUUUAACCAAUCUUUUAAAAAAGAGACAAAUUGGUGUUUCAGAAGAUUUAAGAAUUAGAACCCUUCGUGCAACAGCGGGCACUCCAGUUCAACUUUUUAUGGUAAUUAAACAUGGCGCAACUCAUCCCACUUGGUACGGUCAUAAGUUGACACAUUAUGAACGGUAUCAGAUGAAUGAAAAAUUAGGAAUUUCUAGAAAAGCUGAAAUGUGUUCAUCGGAUAUUGAAACAAUUAAACGUUGGGAACCACCUAAACGUAUCAGACAAUACGUAGAAGGAUUAGUAGAAAAAGGCCACAAAGACAUCAUAGCAUUAGCCCAGAGGGUUCAAAAAGCUUAUCCAAAUAUAUUUACCAAGGAAUACAACACUCAAAACUAUUAUGCAUUGACAAGGCGGGAGCAAUAUUGUAAAGAAACUGGACAACUUGCCUUCUAGAGGAACGAGUUUAUAAUAUUUUUUUUGGUUUAUCAAUGUUUAUUGGCAGCAUUAUGUUAAAAGAAUAUUCCACAGAAUUUUGGAACUAAAAAGACUAUUUUUAUUAUAACAUUUUUAUGAACUCACAAUCUUGUUUGUCGUUCCGGGUGGAAUCUUGCAACUCAAAUUUCGAGCACUUCCCGAUUAGCUAUCCGGUGAAACUUUCAGGGUUGCUCACAGUUCAAUGACAAUGCAUUAUUAGUCCACAAGAGGUUGAAAAUUCCACCCCUAAGGGGGUUAAAAUGGGGUCGAUUUCUUGUUCGUCGUUCUGGGUGGAAUCUUGCAAUUCAAAAAGACUUAUUUCUCACCCGCCAGCAAAAAUUAUGCGUGGUGCGUUUGGGCGUAAACGGUGCUCAGAUAUGAGCGGUACCAGGUUCAAACCCGUUCCCAUCAUUACGUUUUUUUGCAUUUUCUUACAACUUUUAUGAUAAUUUAUAUAGUUAUUACAACUUGAUUUCAACUUUUAUGAUAAUUUAUACAGUAAUAAAUCUAAAAUUAUAAGCUUUUAAAUUGAUUACUAAUUCUUAAGAUAAUCCUUCUGACCAUGCAGCCUUUCUAAUGUAAUCACCGCUCACAGACGAAAUGGACGGAUUUUAUUAUAUAAUAUUGUAAUAAUAUUAUUUAUAUGUAAAAUAUAUGUAUAAUAAUAUGUAUAUUCAUUAUAUAACAUUGUUCAUUUAAAUAUAUAGAUACGU